ACUGUAAUAAUAUUUUAUGAGAUUCUAUUUGAUCAGUGUUUAAUCGUGAAAAAUUUUAGACCGGUGUAGUAGUCCGUUUUACACAUCCUCAAAUACACAUACUUGCCUAAAUGGCCCCCCUCCCCUUUUCUGAACUAUGUUUAGGAUAUUUUGUUUAUUAGUAUCACUAUAUUAUAAUCUUCAAUGGAUCUCAAGUUCACCCCUUUCUCUGCAACUCUCACAAUUUCAUGGUUUUCAACUAAUAAUAAGUUUUGAGCAAAACUUUUGAGAAUGAGAUUUGUGGAAGACAAGGGAUGCUAUAGUAGUAACCAUGGAUCAGUAGUACAAGAUACUCAUAAAGGAAAAGAUGUUACUACUACUAGUACUACUGCUACUGCUGCUGCUGCUAGUGCUCGUGUUUCGAAUCAUCAUCGAAUAAACAUGGGAAAACCGACUCCGUCUAAAUGGGACGACGCGCAAAAAUGGCUAGUUGGUUUAUCAAAAGGCGGAGAGAAAAGCCAAUCAAAAAGCAAGCCUAGAAACUCAAAUGCAGAUGAUUUGAGACUAAUAGCUCCCGUGCCGCAGAAAGAGGAAGAACACGAGGAUGACGAGGAUGGAUGCCGUGAGUUCAUGACAACGACUAGUACUGAAUAUGUUGAAGAAGAAACCAAGAAAGUAGAAUGUGAUGAAUCAAUUUGGAGAAUGAAUAACAAGGACACAAUCCAUGUUCAAUCAAUAUGUUUUCGAGACAUGGGGACUGAGAUGACACCUAUUGCUAGUCAAGAGCCUUCAAGAACUACGACACCUAUUAGAGCAACAACCCCUAAUACUAGAAGUCCAAUUCAUUCAGGUACUUCAACUCCAAUGAGGAAUCAAAAUGGAUUCUUGCAAAUGGAAGCUGCAUCAGGUAAUGGUAGCACAGCAACUAGACAAUGUGGAGAAGGAUCAAGUCCUUGUAAUAUGGUUGAAAAGAAUAUGAAGAUUGAUGAUCAAGCUAGAAAGAUGGGGCCUCUAGAAUGUAGAGCAAUGGCUUGGGAUGAAGCCGAACGCGCCAAAUAUACGGCUAGGUUUAAGCGCGAAGAGAUGAAGAUUCAAGCAUGGGAGAAUCAUCAGAUAAGAAAAGCUGAAAUGGAAAUGAAGAAAAUGGAGGUGAGAGCUGAAAGAAUGAAAGCUGUGGCACAAGAAAAGUUAACAAAUAAAAUGGCUGCAACAAGGAGAAUAGCUGAAGAAAAGAGAGCUAAUGCACAAGUGAAACUGAAUGACAAUGCUUUGAAGACCACUGAGAAAGUAGAGUAUAUAAGAAGGACAGGAUAUGUGCCUUCUUCAUUCUCUUUCACUUUUAAGUUGCCUUCCAUUUGUUGGUAGCAAGUACUAGAACUUCAUAUGUGUAAUUUCUUUUUUUUGUCUUUAAACAAAUGUUUAAAGUGGGAAUAACCACUAAAAAGUCACACAUCCGUGAAUAGUAGUAGGGUUCGAACCCUGAGAAUGAUGUAAAACCUAACGAUAUUAGUUUCUACUGGUUGAGUUAGGAUUUGCCAACUGAUAUGUGUAAUUUAUAUGUUGUAUGAAAUAGUAAACCAUUUGAACCUA